CUCGGUGGCGAAGCCCUAGCUCAGUCUCAGAAGCAGCUCUCUGCCUCCCAACUCUUCUUCUUCUUCUGCUUCUGCUUCUUCUGCAUAGCCAAGCUCGCGUUAAUUAGAGUUCACGCCAUCGAUCAACGAUACUUCGGUCGUCUCUUGGCUUCCACUUAUUAGCAGGUCGGUAUCUGUUGCUGCUGCCGCAAAAUUUCAUCUUGUUCACUGUUGGGGAUAUGAAUUUAAAGCACUUAGUGUCCAGACGAACGAUCAAUAGUUUAUCUAGACUGAAUAAUGCGAGAGAACUAUCACAAAUUGGCUGUUCUCAAGGAAGCGUCUCUUGCAUCCAUUCCCCGGUAUCUCCUCCUAGACGUGAACCGUAUGUUGGGAAGAAGGCUUCCUUCGAUGACCCAACUCGCCCCGGUUUUAGUUUCACGUUCAGUAGAAGCAUACACGCUCUGCAAGAAGCUAAUGUGAGCGAUUCUGAGGAUGAUGAUGGAACCAUGAACGAGUACUUGUCCCGUUUUGUCUGGAUCAUGCGAGGAAAGCUCAAUGAAGCUUACCCAGAUUGCGAUAAGCAGACAGUCAGUGGGAUGCUAUUGAUCAUUGUGGAGAACGUGUUCAUUGAGAUGGAAAAGGGUGGGCUGCAGAGUAAGCUCAGUGGCGAUGCGUCCCUUCCUUCCCAAGAUUUCAGCGAGGAUUUGUGGAAAACAGUGUGGGAGGUCAGUAAUAAGGUUUUGGAGGAUAUGGAGAAAGAGAGGAAGAAGGAAAAGAUGAAGGGGUUUAUGCAAGAUGAGGAAGUUAAGGAAAUGUGUAGAUUUGCAGCUGAGGUGGGGAUUCGCGGGGAUAUGUUGAGAGAGUUGAGGUUCAAAUGGGCACAAGAGAAGAUGGACGAGAGGGAAUUUUACCGGAGUUUGGAACGUUUAAGGGAAGAAGCACUGAAGGAGGAAAAAGAAGAUGAAGAGAGCAAUGACAAGGCUGAAGCUAUUGGAGAGGAUAUUGCGGUUGGUGAGGGUAAACCUAAGGUUGUUUCUCUUCCAAAAAGACGAGGAAAGUUCAAGUACAAGAUAUAUGGACUCGAUCUGUCAGACCCAAAAUGGGCUGAAGUGGCUGACAAGAUCCAUGAGUCUGAGGAGAUCACGUGGCCGCAGGAACCUAAGCCAGUUUCAGGUAAAAGCAAACUCGUGACUGAAAAAAUUCUUUCGAUGAAAGAGGAGGAUGACCCUUUCCCACUUUUGGCCGAAUGGGUGGAGCUUAUGCAACCUAAUAGGGUUGAUUGGACAGCUCUCCUUGAUAGACUGAAAGAACAAAAUCCACAUGUGUAUUUGAAGGUUGAGAGCUGCACACUUUCUGCAGUGCUUGGUUCCUGCCGAUCCUCCUCCUCCUCCCCCCCCCAAAAGUGCCAAGUAGAGUCUGUAGCAGAGCAUUUAUUGAAUGUAGAGUCUUUCCAAGCAAAUGUUCGCGAUUAUACGAAGCUUAUAGAUGCCUAUGCCAAAGAUAUCAGCCUUGAAGAUGCGGAGAGAAUCCUCAAGAAGAUGUAUGAAAAUGGUAUUCUGCCAGAUAUUUUGACGGCUACCAUUCUUGUUCACAUGUAUUGUAAGGCAGGGAAACUUGACCGAGCUAAGGAAGCAUUUGAAAGUUUAAAGGGUCAAGGCUUCCAACCAGACAUGAAGGUCUACAACUCGAUGAUCAUGGCUUAUGCAAAUGCUGGCAAGCCAGCGAUGGCUGAGACAUUAAUGACAGAGAGGAGAGACAUGACACCCUCGGAGGAGAUUUACAUGGCAUUGCUUAGGUCAUAUGCGCAAAGCGGCGAUGUUGCUGGUGCCGCCAAAAUCACUACUCGCAUGGAGUUUGCUGGGUUCCAGCCAAGUUUGGAGUCUUGCACAUUAAUUGUUGAGGCAUAUGGGCAGGCAGGUGACCCGGAUAUGGCAAGAAACAAUUUUGAUUACAUGAUAAAAAUGGGAAUUAAGCCUGACGAUAGGUGUACAGCUGGCAUGAUCUCAGCUUAUAUGAAGAAAAAUCUUCUGGAUAAGGCCUUGAAUCUUCUAUUGCAACUGGAAAAGGAUGGUUUUGAACCUGGAGUCCAUACCUAUGCCGUUCUUGUGGAUUGGUUGGGAAGGCUCCAAUUGAUCGAUGAAGCAGAGCAAGUAUUGGAUAAAAUAGCACAGCAAGGUGAGGCUCCUCCUUUUAAGUUGCACAUAAGCCUCUGCGACAUGUACUCAAGGACCGGCAUGGAAAAGAAGGCUCUUCAAACUCUCGGUGCUAUCGAGGCUAAGAAGGAGCAGUUGCGAUGUGAUGAUUUUGAGAGAGUUGUGCGUGGGCUUAUCGCCGGUAACUUCAUUCAGGAAGCUCAGAGGGUGCAUGCAUUGAUGGAAUCACAGGGUUUUGUGCCUUCAGAGUCACUUAAGGUCGCAUUGAUGGCAUCUCAAUCUUUUGGCCGCAAUAGACCCGGCAUAAGAUGAGAGUGGCUGGUGUCACUGUGUAUCAAGUGUUUUGCCAGACUACGAAGCACGCUCAAGACCCCUUAAAAUGGCUGGAUUAGUUGACAGGUUUUUGUGUUCAUAAUUGCGGCAGGUUGUUUUGGCACACUCGUAUGGGGCUCGAAAUAUCUCACAUGUUGCGUCUCUUUAGGGAACAGAAAUAUUCAGAUUGAUAUCUCUAAUCUCUAUACAAAUUCAUGCUUGAGCUUUUCGUGAA